UGUCAUAGGAUGAACACUGCUGGUGGGGUGUGUCUGUCUGUGCUGUCCUCGCUCCUGGCUGUGGCUGGGGCCCUGGCUGCCUUGUCUGCCCUCGCUCUAGCUCCUCUCUCUGCCCUGGCUGAGGCCGCCUAUGGGGCUGCCGACGGCAUCCCCAGCAAUGGGGCAGAGGGCGCCCCAUCACACGUCUCCUCAUCAUGCUCCAGCCUUGUAGCUGGUGUGCUCUAUGGCUCUUUCUCCCUAAGGGAGCUCUUCCCCUCGAGGGCGCCGGGCUGUUCCUGGUCCCUGGAAAACCCUGAUCCCACCAAGUACUCCCUCUACCUCCGCUUCACUCGGCACCCUGUCAUCUGCAGGACACACGCCCCCAUGCUACUGUCCCUUGACCAUCACCAGGCCAAUCAAAGUUGUCCCCAUCAUGUACAGACAGCUACUGCCAGGGAUCAAGAAGUCAUUGAUCUGUGUGGCAGCCAAACCAACUCAGAUGGACCAUACUCCUUCCUACAGUUUGAUAAAAACUUUGUCCAACUAUGUCUAACCAGACAUCCAGCUGCAGAUGAGCCUCAGGUUACGAAGGAUUUGCUGGAGUUAAGAUUGGUGGAGGUGUUACUUAUAAACAAUGAGAACUCCAGUCAGUUUACCUGUGGCGUGCUUUGUAGAUGGUUCGAGGAGUGUUUACGCACGGGACACAACGGAGACCAGGAGAUUUCGGAUGGAGAUGGGUGUGGAAUGACUCAGACAGGAUGUAUCUGCCCAAACCACAACAUCAUGGCACCGCCCGUACCAUUACUUCCCGAGACGCCUCACAGUUUCAGCAAUGGUUCGGUAUUUCCAGACGACUGCUGCGUCACCGAGCUGCAUUCCAAUGAUGCGAUCGCCAUAGCACCCAGAGACGUCCGACAAGACCAAUAUGAUGAUGAUGAUCUGAAGGUGAAGACCCAAAGACCAAGAUCAGCUGACCAGCCAGGUGUGUUUCAGGCACAAACAGGUGACCCAGCGGCAGAGGAGUGGUCGCAGUGGAGUGUGUGUUCUCUGACAUGUGGCCAAGGUUGGCAAGUGAGGACGCGAUCGUGUGUUUCUUCUCCCUAUGGGACCCUGUGCAGUGGUGCCCUGCGGGAAACACGCAUGUGCAACAACACGGCAUCCUGUCCAGGUGAUCCUGGGAUCGCAGGCUCAGUGCAUGGGCUGUGGGAGGAGUGGUCGUUAUGGAGUCUGUGCUCCGUGACCUGUGGGCGGGGCUCCAGGACGCGAACCAGGAAGUGUGUGAACGGAGGAGGGGCCUUGGCUUGUGGGAGGCCCGAGAUUCAGACCAAACUCUGCAACAUAGCAGUGUGUCCUGUUGAGGGCCAAUGGUUAGAGUGGGGGCCUUGGUCGAGAUGCAGCGUGACCUGUAACACAGGAUCGCAGCAGAGGCAGAGGCGCUGCAGUGCGUCCGUUCACGGCUGGGCCGAAUGUAAGGGCCCCCAUGAGGAGAGCAGAGAAUGCACCAACCCUUCAUGCAGUGGUGGAGGUAACUGGGGUAGCUGGAACCACUGGAGCCUCUGCAGCAAAACAUGUGACUCUGGGUGGCAGCGUCGCUUCAGGAUGUGUGAGGGCACCGGAUUACAGGGAUACCCCUGCGAAGGCUCAGGAGAGGAGGUCCGGUCCUGUAACGAGAAGAAAUGCCCAGCUCCUCAUGAGAUAUGUAAAGACGAGCACCUUCUUGCUAUGGCAUGGAAGAGAGCAUCGGCUGGAGAAACUGUAUACAACAAGUGUCCAACUAACGCCACUGGAUCUGCUAGUCGUCGUUGCAUGCUGGACAAUAAUGGAGUUGCUUUCUGGGGUCCUCCGAGCUUCGCCAGAUGCGUCUCACUUGAUUAUAGAUAUUUACAUUUAUCUUUACGAGAGCAUCUCGCGAAGGGUCAGAGGACCCUGGCCGGGGAGGGCAUGUCUCAGAUCGUAAGGAGUCUCCUGGAGCUCUUGCAGAGGAGGAGCUACUACAGUGGCGACCUUCUCUUUUCCACGGAGAUUCUGCGAAAUGUGACGGACACCUUCAAAAGAGCAACCUACAUCCCAGCUCCCGACGACGUGCAGAAAUUCUUCCAGAUAAUCAGCCUCAUGUUGGACAUGGAAAAUCUAGAGAAAUGGGAGGACGCUCAUCAGGUCGCUCCCGGUGCCGCUCUGCUGAUGAGGAUAUUAGAGGAUUUUAUUCACCUCAUCGGAGAAGCCCAGAAGCCUUUUCAGAGUUUCCUGGUGGUUACCAACAACCUCAUGAUAACCAUCCAGCGAGAACCAGUGUCAGCAGUUUCAAGCAAUAUCAACUUCCCAAUGAAGGGCCGGAGAGGGAUGAAGGACUGGGCCAGAACUGCCGAGGACAAACUCUACAUCCCUAAAGAGUUCUUCACCAACCCGACUGAAGAGACAGAGACGGACUCAGAGGCUACCAUGUACUAUGUCAUUGGAGCCAUCCUGUACAGGACACUGGGUGUCAUUCUACCUGCACCAAAUCCCCCUGCCAUGAUCAACUCCAAGAUCCUGACAGUGACAGUGCGGCCAGAACCUCAACCCAGUGAGCCCAAGGUGGUAGUCGAGCUGUCACCGCUGAUCAAC